AUGGGUGAGAACGACCCCUGGAUCAACCAAAGCCCAUGCACUGCUAUACCCCGCGUCCAGCGUCCAUGUCCCACCGCUGUCGCCACCAUCCCCAAGAGAAAGGCUGAAGGGGAUGCUAAAGGAAAUAAAACCAAGGUGAAGGAUGAACCACAGAGAAGAUCUGCAAGGUUAUCAGCUAAACCUGUUCCUCCAAAGGCAGAGCCCAAGCCUAAAAAGGCAAAGGCCCCUGCAAAGAAGGAAGAGAAGAUACCCAAAGGGAAAAAGGGGAAGGCUGAUGCUGGCGAGGAUGGAAAUAACCCUGUAGAAAAUGGAGAUGCCAAAACAGAUCAGGCACAGAAAGCUGAAGGUGCUGGAGAUGCCAAGUGAAGUGUAUGCAUUUUUGAUAACUGUGUG